AGUAUGGAAAAGCCAAAAUGGGCAGAUUCAUCUAUCUCUAAGUGGGCUCUGGCGACCCUACUGCUAGGAUGAUCAUUUCUGGCUUGCAUUUUAACAACUGUGGUCUUUAGCCUUUCAUAAACAUUAUAAUUAUUUAAUGCAGUAUUAUGUAAUGUUAAUGUUUAUGCCAUAGCUAUUUAUAGACAUGCUAUUCAGCUGGAUACGGUGCUGCUUGAUUCGGAUUUAUCCUUUUAAAUAUGUUCCUGGCUGUAAUGUAAUUUAAAGGGUGUGAAAAAAUACAUUAGUUUUUCUUUUAAAAAAAAACCCUAAAUGAAUUAAAUAAUUCAUUCAGAGAAACAGAAAAUGACCAACUAUGAGCAACCUUGUUACUAUAAUAUAAUACCAUGUUACCAUUGCCUAUGAUUUGUUUCCAAAUACAGUUCAAGGUUUUGGCUAUUAUCUUUAAAGUCCUUGUUUUUUGUGAAAUGCACUGGAGAUUAUAGCUACCAGCUCCCAAAUGUAUGUUUGUUUGUGUAAUUAAGCUAUUUUAAUGUUACUAUUGUAUACUAUAAUGAUUUAUCAAAGUUGAAAAUUGUACAUUGUUUAGAUUGCAGACAAUCGAGGCAAUAAAAAAGAAAUCCACAAAACAAAUUAAUAAACAAAACAAAGAAACAAAUAAAGGUGAUCCUUUGAUAGUCCCAACCGUUUCCUGGAGUCUUCCAGUAAAGUCAUGGCUGCAGGUCUUGUGAUUUCCACUAGGUGUCUCUAACCUAACAUUUGAUGUGUUUCUGCCAGAAACCCAGAAAUGAUUGACUGUAAGUAAACCUGGAGAAACUGCUAUUGGGGGAGGACCUGUCAAAUAGUUCUGUUUCUGGAUUCUCUGUAACUCAGAAAGUCUGGUGGAUUGUGUUGUAGUAGUCUCGGGAGUGAAAGGCUGCAACUGAAAGCUGUGGCAUAGAAUAUUGCAAAAUAUUGAAAAAGUCUUGUAAAUUAAAUUUAGAAGAAUGAGUUUGAGAAGACCAACCAACAAGACAGAAAGCCUACAUAAAGCUGGAAUGAUCCUAAAGACUCUGACUUAAAAUGGGAAUUUAACAAGAUAAAAGCAAGUUUAAGAUUUCAGCCUUGAAGACAUCCCAUACAUAAAAUUCUUCUCAUCAUGGCUGUUAAAAUAUUUGGGUGUCUUAGCUGCUUGUUGCUAUUAUCAAGCCUAGAAAGUUAUUUUGCUGUUGGAGAGAUGUCUUUGCAACUUUCUCAUACAAAUUCUAGUGCUUUAUCUAAAGCUGACCCCUUUGAUGCUACAGAAUCAGGACGAGAUGAGAGGCUACAUAUUUUCACCUUAGACUAUGAAUAUGUAGAAAUACCCUAUGAAGUUACACUUUGGAUACUCUUGGCUUCCCUUGCGAAAAUAGGUUUCCAUCUCUACCAUCGGUUUCCACACUUCAUGCCAGAAAACUGUCUCCACAUUGCCAUGGGUGUUUUGGUUGGUGGGAUUAUUUUUGGCACCAAACACAAAUCUCCACCAGUUAUGACUACCAGUAUUUAUUUCUUAUACCUCCUUCCACCCAUUAUCCUUGAAGGAGGCUAUUUUAUGUCCACCCGCCCCUUUUUUGAAAACUUUGGUUCAAUUCUUUGGUGGUCUGCAAUGGGCUCCCUCAUAAAUUCCUUUGGCAUUGGAUUAUCAAUUUAUGGAAUUUGCCAGAUCAUACCUUUUGGCCUCAAGGAUGUGAAUCUGCUUGACAGCCUGUUAUUUGGCAGCAUGGUCUCAGCAGUGGAUCCAACAGCUGUCUUAGCUGUCUUUGAGGAGAUGUCUGUCAAUGAACAACUUUACAUGAUGAUAUUUGGAGAAUCCUUAUUAAAUGAUGGGAUAACUGUAGUCCUAUACAAUAUAUUCAUUGACUUUACCCAGAUGCAUAAAUAUGAAACAAUUGAAUCUCUUGACAUUCUAGCUGGCUGUGCUCGCUUUUUUGUAGUCAGUCUUGGAGGGCUGCUGUUUGGCAUUGUCUUUGGAUUUGUGGCAGCUUUUAUGACUCGAUUCACCCAAAACAUUUCUGCCAUUGAACCUCUCUUGGUCUUCAUGUUCAGUUACCUGUCCUAUUUAACCGCAGAAACACUUUACAUAUCUGGCAUCUUGGCGAUAACAGCCUGUGCAGUGACAAUGAAGAAAUAUGUGGAAGCCAAUAUUUCUCAAAAUUCCUACAUAACCAUAAAAUACUUCAUGAAAAUGCUAAGCAGUAUCAGUGAGACCUUGAUCUUUGUGUUCAUGGGAGUGUCUACAGUUGGUCGGAACCAUGAAUGGAACUGGGCUUUCAUUGGCUUCACCCUGCUCUUCUGCAUGCUUUGGAGAGCACUAAGUGUGUUCUUGCUGUUCUCCAUUUGCAACAAAUUCCGCACUUACAAAUUUACUCUCAAGGAUCAACUUAUUGUUACCUAUAGUGGGCUAAGAGGAGCCAGUAGCUUCUCCCUUGCAUUUUUGCUUCCUGCAACUCUGUUCCCUAGAAAGAAGAUGUUUAUCACAUCUACUAUUGUGGUGAUAUACUUUACUGUUUUCAUUCAGGGAAUUACCAUCAGACCACUGGUAAAGUACCUAGAUGUUAAGAAGACCAUUAAAAAAGAAUCAAUAAAUGAAGAGAUUCAUGUGCGAUUGAUGGAUCAUUUAAAAGCUGGAAUUGAAGAUAUAUGUGGACACUGGAGCCAUUAUCAACUGAGAGACAAAUUUAAGAAGUUUGACAAUAAUUUUCUGAAGAAGAUACUACUGCACAAACAUCAGCCUAAAUCCAGCCUUGUUUCUUUAUACAAGAAACUGGAAAUCAGACAAGUCAUUGAAAUGGUAGAAAGUGGGGCCAUGACACCUAGGGCUUCCAAAUCAUCUUCUCUGAGGUGCAGGAAUGAAAGAAUACAGAAACUUUCCCCUAAAGAUGUGGAAUCUAUGCAGAACAUGCUGGCACAUAAUCUGUAUCAAGUGAGGCAAAGGACACUCUCGUACAACAGAUACAAUCUUGCCUCUGAAACAAGUGUAGAGGAAGCCAAAGAAAUCUUUAUCCGACGUCGAUACAGCAUGCGGCAGUCCACAAGGAAAGGUUACAGCUUACCAUGGGGAGGGCAGGCUGCCAGUAAAAGCCUGCGUUAUUCAUCCCUGCCCUUUAGUAAUUCUCAACCAAUUAGAAGAGCAGCUAGGAUUGAUUAUGAUGAUCUAACAGGGUAUGGUAGCAGUGACUCUGAGUCUGUCUUCAUGAUGCAUAAUUCAGAAGCUGUAACAAGGUCACCUCAGAGAAAACACCGCCAGCAGAAGGAAUUUCUCCCAAUGGAGCAAAUGCAUUCACAAACUAAACCAGCCAGUUUUACAAGGCAGAAAAGAACAAAUCAACAGGAUCAGCGAGCCAGAAUACAAAAACCACUUUUAGCCCGGAAGACUCAACUUAAUGCUGUUCUUGAAACUGAUACUCAGGAACUUGAGUCAGAGGAUGAGGUCAACAGGGCCUCAUGCCCUACAGCACCUGCUGUAGGAUGGACAGCAAAAACUAGAGGCAAAAACCAUGUUUAUCGGUCCAAAAGACACUUUACUCAAAGAAAAAAGUGAAUCCUCACUCUUGCUGCAUGCUCUGAUUUUUAUUCCAAAUGUUCCAGAAAUCAUUGGAAAUGUCUAAAUGGAAAAUGUCUGUAUUCUUAGAUGUGCUGGGCAAAAUAAAAGAUUUAAAUAUGGAUUACCCUGUAAUCUGUCUCUUACUAACUGAAAGCUAUUAUUUUCAGUAAAUUUGUGAUAUUGAAAAUCUUGUUGCAGUAAAUCUGUGAUCAAACCUACUGACAGUUUAUUCCUAAAUGCAGAAGAAAAUGUCUGCAAUGAUCAUGAAAAUAACAGGAGUGAGCUAUUAAAUAAAACCUUGCAUUUCUUUUACAGUUGUACAAAUGUGCUACACAGCUGACUUGACUUUAUCAGAAUGAAGUGCUAUGGGGCACAGUUAGUGCCCAAUUCUUUUUAAGGAAACACCUUUGCACUGAUUCAAAUCUUCACUCAUAAGUUUCAAUAGCUGAAGAGAUUUCAAAACAUGUAUUUUACAUGUGUAUAAAUCUAUUUUGACUUCCAACAACUUAUUUGUAACAAGAUGUACUGACUGGAUAAGAGUUAUUUUUAUUGCUUCAUGAAAUGACUCUGAUAGGGUACUUCUCAUGAACUUUUAUGAAAUUAUUAAAGUAUUUUAAUUUUAAAACUUUGCAAAGCCCUAUUGUUAACAAACUAGCUCUAUGUGCUGUUUCAAUCCAAUACAGUGAAAUAAGUUUGUAGUAUUGAAUUUUAUUGGUUCUUCUCCAAACAAAAGUUGUUCAAGAUCUCCAGUAUCAAUCAUGUGCAUGGCUCCAGAUACAUAAAACAAAUGUAUUAAAUAAAAAUAGUGGGAAUAUGAAAACUUGACGAUUUCCUCAAGUGCUGUGACAUGAACUCACUUCACCAACUCACUUUGCCUAACAAAGAAUAUUAUCUAUAUGAUAGAUACGUUUGCCUAUAAUUGCUUAUAAUUCUGUCUUUUAAGGCUUUCCUAAAUCUUGCAAUGAAUCUAUGUGUCUUCAGAGCUACUGCUCUAUGAAAUUAAAAUUGGAAAAUUUUCUUUUUGUUUCUAAAAUGUUGCUUGGUGUCACAGAUUUAUUCAUUUGCUGGGAAGUUUCUUUUUGCAUGGGGCUAGAUAGAAUAUUCAGUCAGACAGGCAGGCAGGCAGACAGGCAGCCAGCCAGGCAGGCAGGCAUGAAGGCAUUCAAUUUACAUGGCUGCCCAUCUCAUGUUGAUGAUUUGAGCAGCUAAUAAAGUUAAAAUGGGCAUGAUACUAGGAUACUGGAGGAACCUUCUCAUCCCCCAGUUACACUGACCCACUCAAGCAGGCAAGAGAUCCUAUGAAUACCAUUAGUCAAAGAAUCUAGAAAAAGAGCCUUCUUUGCUGUUUCCCCUGCCUUUGGA